AUGAACUCGUUGGCACCUGUCCCGGGGGAUACGCCACAGCUGUCCGUGCGCCAGCUUGGUACAUCUUCCAAAUCUCGACAGCAUGCAACAUUGCGACGAACAGGGGCCUCUGAAGGUCAAUCCAAAAGUGUUGGGACUCAACGGCCGCCGUUCUCCAUCGGCCCACAAGAGAACCGCGGCGUUAUCUGUGCCGUUUGCGAUUCACACAAUUUAGGACGCUCUAUCGGCCUCGCCUUCAUCAACAUCCCCAUUGCGGAAGCGGUCAUCACCGACGUAAGUGACACACAGUUCUAUCCGAAAACAGUUCACAAGAUUCAAAUGAUGGAGGCUUCUACAAUCUUAAUGCCUGUCAUAACCUCGACCGAUCCGGGACUGGCUCUUCGUUCCCAUAUUGACGAAGAGAUGCGCGGUAUACCGAUAGUCCACACCCCCAAGACGGACUGGUCCAAAGCUGCGGGAUUGAAAUGUAUCCAGGACGUGGCUUUCAAGUUAGAUCUUCCUGCAAUUGAGUUUGCCCUGGAGGAGAGCUAUUACGCCGUUUGUGCAUUUUCCGCGGCUAUGAAAUAUGUCCACGACGAGUUUGGUUUUACCUUUGACAAGCAUUCCGUCCGAAUCAAGUACCAACCACCAGCCAACGUGAUGAUGAUCAGCCUCCCAACAAUCCAGUCCUUGGAGCUUCUGGAGAAUGCGCAGCAUUCUCGCUCAAAAGACUGCCUCUUUGGUCUUUUGAACAAGACACUGACGCCGAUGGGAUCGCGAAUUUUGAGGAACAACAUAAUUCAGCCAUCAACACAAUCCUGCAUCCUUUCCCGACGAUUUGCAGCUUACUGCGAGAGCAUUGCACUUGUUGACAUGCUGGCAUCGUUUGCCAGCCUUGCCAGAAUCUACAAUUACGUUCAACCGGAGAUUCAAGAUACGGUGUUUAGUUUGACCGAAGUACGACAUCCUAUUCUUGACUUUCAUGGCGUCAAUAAUUGUGUCCCAAACGACUACUUCAUCACGGAAGAGAGCAGGUUUCAGAUUAUCACCGGACAGAAUAUGAGUGGCAAGAGCACAUAUAUCCGGGCGAUUGCCUUGGUUCAUAUUAUGGCGCAGAUAGGAUGCUUUGUUCCUGCAGAGACGGCGCGACUACCAAUACUACACAGUCUCUUCGCCCGGGUCUCUACAGAUGAUAUACUCGAGGCAAGCCUGUCUACAUUUUCCGUCGAGAUGAGAGAGAUGGCAUUUAUUUUGAGGUUCGUUACAGUGCCGAGGAACACGACGAGGGGUUAUAGAGCACUAACGGAGGUCGGUGGAAACUUCAGAAAUGUGAACAACAAAAGCCUUGUGCUUGUUGACGAGCUUGGGAGGGCGACGAGCACGCGGGAUGGGUUGGCCAUUGCAGCAGCUAUAUCAGAGGCCCUUCUUCAGAGCGGAGCAACGGUGUAUUUCGCGACACACUUUUCUGAACUGGGUAACAAUCCGACAGAGUCCGACCGCAUCAGUGUCCAGGAUUACUGA